ACCCCCAUCUCCCCCCGGCAGCUGCUCUUAAAGGGGCAGCAGGAGUCCAAGGGCCGGGAGGGAAAAAGGCAGAGGAGGGACCCGGUACCAUGAACUGCAUCAUCCGACCGUGCACGGUGAAGGACUGCAAGGUCAUCCUGCAGUUCAUCAAGGAGAUUGCCGUCCAUUACAGGCUGCCCCCUACCGAUGUGAAAGUCACCCUGGAAGCGCUGAGAGAGGACGGGUUCGGGGCGCAACCCCAGUACGACUGCUACGUGGCGGAGCUGCCCCCCCAGCAGACGAACAAGGAGGGUGGCAUCGUGGGCUACGUCCUGUCCAGCUUCACAUACAGCACCUGGAAGGGCAGGAACCUCUACGUGGAUAAUCUCUACGUUCAGCCGCAGUUCAGAGGCCAGCAGAUCGGGAAGCGGCUGAUUGAGAAGGCUGCCCAGGAAGGGGCAACGUUUCACAAGGCUUUGGAUCAGGUCAAAACUACCCCCGAAGCGCUCAGGGAGGACGGCUUCGGGAGGCACCCCAAGUUUGGCUGUCUGGUAGCCGAAGUUCCCCCUGACCACAGGAGCAAAGACGGGCGCACCAUCGUCGGGUACCAGUUCCAUUAUUUCAGAUACUGCACCUGGCAAGGGCGGCUCGUUUUCGGGGAGGAUCUGUACGUCAUGCCGGAGUUCAGAGCUCGCGCUGGCCCACGGCUGCACCCAGCUCCGGUUCAUGUCGGCCAACUGGAACCAGCCGGCCACGGCGCUGUACAAGAAACUGGGGGCCGUGGACGUGACAGCGAGGGACAACUGGCUCGUCUGGCACAUCGAGGGGCAGGCCGUGGGGGAGAUGGCGAAGCGGGCGACACAGUGAAGAGCUCUAGCUGGGGAGAGAACUCAGGAGUCCUGGCUCCCGGCCCCCCUCCGUCUCUCACCCUCCAGCCCCCACUCCCUUCCCAGCGCCGGGGAGAGAACCCGGGCGUCCUGCGGGUUCAAUCCUGCCGCCGGCAGGAUUUCGGACCAGAAUCCAGAUCCGGCUGGCAAGAGACAGCGCCAUCGGGGGCUGCCACAGGGCGUGACCUGCCCCUGGGGGGCUCCUCGGGGCAGGGACCCCGCGCGGCUCGGGACCCUUGCCAAUAAACAACGGUG